GAAACCUCAUUAGAGGUAAGUUCGAUAAGUAGCAAAGACCGUUGGGAUGUCAUGACUGCUGAAUGCAGCCACUGCUGAGGUGGAGGUGAGGCAGCCGAUGGGAAUAUUGAAUAUGGGGAGAUGAAGUUUGGUGGUGGAUGUUUGUUGUUGUUGAUAUAACAGCUUGUUGACGACUCCGUCUUUGGUGUACUUGACAUUUUUCAUUUUCAUCGCAUUUCUUUCUUCUUCUUCCAAUACGCUGGACCGAGUUCAGUUGUUUUCGUUAUUUUGCUGCACAUCAGGCCCGUUGAACCUUCUACAUUACCUCUGAACUUUGGAUAGUAGCCAUGAUUUCGACAAGCGACCUUCACCUCCUCGGGUGCCAUUUUGAGCAAUACCCCGACUACCAGCCGCGAGACUUCAAGACAAAUACGUCCAAGGACCACCCCCAAGAACCUGAAAACGAAAACCUGGGAGUCUUUCACUUCCCCGUCCUCAGCUUCGGUUUCGUGUUUGUCCUUUUGGGGAUAACCUGCACACUAGCCUCCAUCUGCAUCUUUCGCGUGCUCACUCAUACCCAUAACAUGUACACGCUACAUCAGGAUAUGGACAUGGACAUUGCCAGUUGGUCUGCUCGCUUUAUGUUGCCACAAAACAAGUCGGUUAAGGAUUCGUUGAUGGGUGUUGCGUUUGUUGAGGCUUUGGCGAGGAAACCUCAUGAUCUUUCGAGCAGGUGGAGGGACGCAUUGGAUUUGAUGCCCUUGGAUAUGAAGAUGGAGUUGGACUUCAACUUGGAGGUGGAGGCGAUGCCGGUUGAGAGUGCGGUGUUAAGGUUGGAGGAUUGGGUUUAUAAUGUUGCGGGGCUUUGAGUUUUGAGGUUUGAGAUUGGUUAGAGGUUGGUCACAUGGAGGUAUUCCUUCAGGCAAUUUCUCUUUGGGUUUUCUUUCUGGUGUACGUUUUGCGGAGGCGGGCGCGGGUUUGCUGGUCAUAUUUUCCUUUGUUAACUUGGAUGGAUGGAUGGAGGUUUGGUGCUGCGGUACCAUGUGCUCCUUCUCUUUUGUGAAUUCUUUGGUUUAUGGGCAACUCCAUUGCAGAGUGUUCACUCCUUCCUCAUCGAUGUUUCUUUGGGUGCAGUUCUGCUUCUUCUCCUCUUCCUCGCUCUUUUUCGGUUCCUUUUUUCGUUUCUAUUUUUUCUUUUCUCUAGAAAACUUUCGACUAUU